AUGGCACAUCGAAUUUUGAUGCGAGUGGUUCUUACUGGAGCCAAAGUCUUUGGUAAGGCAUUCACUGAAGCAUAUAGGCAGGCUGCUGCUGCAACAACUGCUCAACAGGCUGCAGGAACAACGAAAUCAUCAUCUACUAGGGCAAGAGAUGCUGAAAUUACGUUAGACGAGUCCUGCAAAAUACUGGAUAUAGAUAAACAUGACAUGUCCCUAAGCAAUGCACAGAAGAAGUUUGAUUAUCUUUUCGAUGUGAACUCUAAGGAGAAGGGUGGUUCGUUUUAUGUGCAGUCGAAGGUCUUUAGAGCUAUGGAAAGAAUAAAACAAGAACUCGAGGAGACGAAUAAGUCUGACAAAAUCAAAGGUGAUUCGAAAGACAAAAACACCAACGAGGGAAAGAGCGUAAAUGACACGAAAAAAUCUGGGUGA